GGACCACCGCCUCGCUAUUGUCUCGCGCACUGCCAAGUUUAUUAUAAACGCUGCGCGAGCUGCACCGGGCGGAGCAGAGCAGAGUGCGAGACACACACGCAACACACACUCACGGAGGAACAGCAAGAGAGACGGAGAGCACGAGCGCGCACGAGACUGGAUCUGAGUCUGGAGCGCGUGGAAGAGACACCGGAGAGAGUGAGACUCUGAUACCCGCACCGCACCGUCACGCGCCGGACGAAGUCACUGGAGUUAACCGAACAGAGCUGUAAUCAGAGCGCGUGCUGCUGCUGCUCGGUCCCCGGUGCCCUCAGUAACCCGCCCGGUAAAUCAGCGGACACCCGACUGCGCCCUGACAGCCUCGGCUCGCGCGCGCCGUGUCCACAUGUACAAAAUGGAUUACUCGUACCUGAACACGUACGACUCGUGCAUGGCGGCGAUGGAGGCUUCAGCUUACGCGGACUUCAGCUCGUGCAGUCAGGCCAACACGUUCCAGUACAACCCGAUCCGCACGAGCUUCGGGGCGAACCCAGGCUGCGCGCCGCUCGGUACAGCCAGCUGCAGCAUCGGAGCGCUGCGCGAGCACCAACCGGCACCCUACACCGCCGUCCCGUAUAAGUUUUUCUCGGACCCCUCCGGUCUGAAUGAGAAACGGAAGCAGCGACGGAUCCGCACCACCUUCACGAGCUCACAACUGAAAGAGCUCGAGCGCGUGUUCGCGGAGACGCAUUACCCGGACAUCUACACCCGGGAGGAGCUCGCGCUCAAGAUCGACCUCACCGAGGCCAGGGUUCAGGUGUGGUUCCAGAACAGACGCGCAAAGUUCCGUAAACAGGAGCGCGCGGCGAACGCGAAAGGCGGCGGAAACACCGGAAACAACAGCGUUACAUCAAAGAAACCGGGAGAGGCGCGCGCAUCCUCCGAGGACGACGAGUCUAAAGAGUCCACGUGCAGCCCCACACCGGACAGCACGGCGUCUUUACCGAGCUCGGCCAACACCACGGGCAGCCCCGGCGCGAGCAGCCUGAGCCCGAGCCCGUCCUCCGGUGGAUUCGGUACCGCCUCCAGCCCGCCCUCCGUGCACCACGCGCUGAAAUCCCCCGCGUGGCCCGGUGUCGGUUCUGCUGCUCCCGGUCCGGACCUGCUGAAGAGCUGGCAGCCCGGGGACAGCGCGAGCACCGGACCGUUCGCCGGUGUGCUCUCCUCCUUCCACAGAAAACCGGGCGCGCUUAAGACCAACCUGUUCUAAACACACACACACACACACACACACACACACACACACGCUUAGCGCGUAGUCUCCUCUCCACUCUCUCCUGCUGAAUUUAUCUGAUGUUUAUGUCGUUUCCGUUAGAGCUGGACUCCCGGGUGUCAUUAUUUAUCAUCAGUGCGGUUUGGGACAGAGCCGGGCUGUGUGUGAAACCGCCACAUGUUCACUACAGAGUGCACUAGUGUGAGAAAUGACCUGCAGUUCGUAAAGAAUCCGCCUUCAUGGUAGGGAUUAGAGAACCGGGACUAAUGGGAACCGGACUCUGGAGCGGACACGGGACGGCGCUCCCGGUCUGGACUCUGCGCACUUACUGUAGCGUCCUGUCUCACACCCUGUCUCACACCCUGUCUCACA